AUGAGUAUAUUGAGUUGGAACUGUCGGGGGCUUGGAAACUCUCGGACAGUUUCGGAACUUCGCCGCUUGGUGAAUGAUAAGAAACCCACUAUAGUUUUCCUAAUGGAAACUAAACUCCGGGCUGAUCAUUUGGAGAGAGUGAGAAUACGAUUGGGAUAUGAUUACUUGUUUGCGGUUGAUUGGGUGGGAAGGAGUGGAGGUUUGGCUUUAAUGUGGGUGGCCGAUAUUGGGAUUGAAAUUCAAAAUUAUAGUCGACGGCACAUUAGUGCAAAAGUUUGUCCAUCCUCAAUCGAACCACUAUGGAAAUUUACCAGGUUUUAUGGUCACCCGGACUUGAGUAAACGGGGGGAAUCAUGGAGCUUAUUGCGAUACAUUGCUAGAAUGGAACCUGGCCCCUGGGUGUGUAUAGGCGAUUUCAACGAGAUUAUAAGCCUUGAUGAAAAAUUUGGUGGGAGUGGACGUCAAAGAAGUCUAAUGGAAGCUUUUCAACGGGCUUUGGAGGAUUGCGAACUCUCGGACUUGGGCUAUAGGGGUCCGAAGUACACAUGGAGUAAUUGUAGGGAGGGCACAGAUGUUACGAAGGAAAGACUUGAUCGAGCGGUUGCUAACCGGGAAUGGUGCGAUAAUUUUCAUGAUGCAGAAUUAGUGAUUGGGGCUGCUGCAUGGUCAGAUCAUUCCCCACUUUUGUUAACAUUAAGAAAUUAUGGGAGGCAACAGAAUGGUCGACGGAAAUUCAAAUAUGAGGUUGGCUGGGAGCUUGAUAGCAAAUGCCGUUCUAUUAUUCAGAAUUCUUGGAAGGCACAACCCAUUAUUUCUACAUCGCAACAUGUCAAUCCAUGGUCUUUCUUACAAAGCAAAAUCAUGUACUGUACCAAAGCAUUGCUCAAAUGGCGAACUGAUGAGAGGGGAUUGUUGGGUAAAACUCUAAGGGACCAGUACAAUAUACUAGCAAUGGAGCAAGGGUAG